AUGGAGACUGAACAGAACAAACCUUUUGCACAGUGCGCUGCUUCAUGGGAGCUCAGCCUGAUUUUGGUAAAUCUCUGGUGCGAGGCCAGCAAAACUGUGGACUUCAGUAAUGACCACAAAUUCCAGCAAAUGGUGAAGAACCUGGCAGCUGUGCAAAUUUAUCAGCUUGGUGACCUGUGCAAGGAGUGGAUUAAGUGGCUCAAGAGUGACACAGAGCCAACUGUGGUGCACGAUGACCUGGUCAGGUGGGAUGGUGCCUUGCUGGCCCCAACGUCCAGUAUUGGAACUGAUGGGAGCCAGCAGUCAGUAACAAGUGAGGACUAUGAGGUCCCUGUGUUGCUGAAACUGGUCCCAGAGCAGGCUUUGGAACAGGAUCAGCAGCAGCAGCAAAUUCUGGGUCCAUACUCAGAGGAGCUGUUUGAUGCACCGCCUGAGGAACAGCCCCCUGCAGAACCUAGAAGCCAUUUUAGUCGAAUCCAUCAUGGCCUACAGGGGAUUUGUGCAGUGUCGCUGAGGAGCUAUGCUGAUCUAGCUGAUGCUGACAUCACAGUUAUUGGUUCUGGGCCUGGAGGAUAUGUUGCUGCUAUCAAAGCAGCUCAACUUGGCUUUAAGACUGUUUGUGUGGAGAAAAAUGAAACGUUGGGUGGAACCUGUUUGAAUGUUGGCUGCAUUCCUUCCAAGGCUUUGCUGAACAACUCACAUCUGUAUCAUUUGGCCCAUGGAAAGGAUUUUGCUAGUAGAGGAAUUGAAAUUACAGGAAUCCACUUGAAUUUAGAGAAGAUGAUGGAGCAGAAAAGUGGUGCAGUGAAGUCCUUGACAGGUGGAAUUGCCCAUUUGUUUAAACAGAACAAGGUCGUACAUGUGCCUGGAUUUGGAAAAAUAACUGGCAAAAACCAAGUCACAGUAUCCAAAGAGGAUGGUAGCACUCAGGUUAUCAAUACAAAGAAUAUCCUCAUAGCCACGGGUUCAGAAGUUUCUCCGUUCCCUGGAAUUACGAUUGAUGAAGACACAAUUGUAUCAUCAACUGGUGCACUAUCCCUGAAACAAGUCCCUGAAAAGAUGGUUGUAAUUGGUGCAGGAGUCAUUGGUGUGGAGUUGGGUUCAGUUUGGCAGCGUCUUGGUGCAGAUGUGACAGCUGUUGAGUUCUUGGGCCAUGUUGGUGGAAUGGGUAUUGAUAUGGAGAUCUCUAAAAACUUUCAGCGCAUCCUUCAGAAACAAGGACUCAAAUUUAAACUAAAUACCAAGGUUACUGGUGCCACCAAGAGGCCAGAUGGAAAGAUUGAUGUUUCUAUUGAAGCAGCUGCUGGUGGAAAGACAGAAGUAAUCACCUGUGAUGUAUUACUCGUUUGCAUUGGUCGACGUCCUUUUACUCAGAACCUAGGGCUGGAAGAUAUUGGAAUUGAACUUGAUAACAAGGGUAGAAUCCCAAUCAAUACCAGAUUCCAAACCAAAAUUCCAAACAUCUAUGCUAUUGGCGAUGUAGUUGCUGGGCCAAUGUUGGCUCACAAAGCUGAGGAUGAAGGCAUUAUCUGCGCUGAGGGGAUAGCUGGAGGCGCAGUUCACAUUGACUAUAACUGUGUGCCCUCAGUGAUUUACACACACCCUGAAGUUGCCUGGGUUGGCAAAUCAGAGGAACAGUUGAAAGAGGAGGGGACAGAAUACAAAAUUGGAAAGUUUCCAUUUGCUGCUAACAGCAGAGCUAAGACUAAUGCUGACACAGAUGGCUUGGUGAAGAUACUUAGUCAGAAAACAACAGACAGGAUGCUGGGCGCUCACAUUCUAGGCGCAGGUGCUGGGGAGAUGGUUAAUGAAGCUGCUCUUGCUAUGGAAUAUGGAGCAUCAUGUGAAGAUGUAGCCAGAGUUUGCCAUGCCCAUCCAACUGUCUCGGAAGCCUUCAGGGAAGCAAACCUAGCAGCAUCUUUCGGCAAAGCUAUCAACUUCUAAAAUGCAAGCACAAUCGUUUGUACAUAUAUAGCACAUUUCUUCUGAAAAUGGACUGUUGGCUUUUGCAGAAGACUGGGUCUUCUUUGAGUAUUUCUAGAACUGAAUUAAGUGAAUUUCUUUUGUUUAAACAUCAAAUAUUUAAACACAUUUGGUUUGGAACAAGUGGAAUUAUCCAGUCGCUGUAUAUUAAUACACUUAGAAACUUGUUUGUGCAUCAUGGGUAUUUCGGAAAACAAGCUUAAGAGUCAACAAUUAAAAAAACCCAACAUGUCGCUGUUGCACAGCAUAAUGAGGACCGCUGGCCACAACUCAUGGCUAAUACCGUCCUGGUAUCUGGUAUAUUCUUAUUUGAAAUACUGAUAUUCCAGUGGAAUGCUGGCACUUAAAAAUGCCACUGUCACCUGUGCACAAAGAUGUUGUGGCAUUCUUUUAUGUGAAAUCUUUCACUAUAUAUUAACUCUUUUUUCCCCCCUGAAAUGCAGAAACCAAACCUUUUGGUUACUUUGAUCUAGUAGAGUUGGGAUUACUUGGAUGAGGCUAUUUACUGCGGGUGAAUUGAAGCUUAUCUUUAUUUGUAGAAAGCUAAUCUGGCAGUGUUUGUACCCUUUAUCUCCAUGCAUCAUGUUUUCAUAUUGAAAACAUGUCUGUAAAAUUCUACUUUAACUUGCAAAAAAAAUCAAGCGUUUAUGGAGAAAUGAAAAUUCAGUGGAGGAAAAUUAACUGAAUGUUAUUGCCACAUAUGGUAAUCGUAUCAGUCUUCUCAUUUCUAAGGAAUUUUCAUCAUUCAGAGAUGGUUAAAAUUAUCCUGAAGUGCUUUAAAAACA